AUCUCACAAGGAGCUCUGUAGAGCUUUUGUGCUCCUGAAUCCCUGAUACACGUACAGUAAUUCCAUAAGCAGGGAUUAGCUUGUGACAGUUAGUAGCUGAUGUUAAUUGCUGCUCGUUUGGCUUCUCAUUGGCUGGCUGCGUGUUGAUACGCAGUCGCGGGUUUCGAUUUUACGUCUUGUCGCCGGUCGCACUUAUUGCAGAUCAGUGCAAACUCCUGAAUCUACCGUGUCUUACGAUUUUCUACUCGCUCCAUACACUUCCACGCUGAAUAAGAGCCGUACAAGGAUCACCGCGUGCUAGGGUUAUCGUUAAAUUCAUGCAACGCAUGCUAGGGACCUCAUUAGCGUGAUGUCACCUCAUGGCAGAACCGAUGGCGACGCUACUGCUCCCAGCUCGAGUCUCCAGUCAGUAACGCAGCCAGACGCCACCGUUACAGACAACGCCACAGACGCCAGCAAUAGAGGUAACGUCAGCAAUAGAGGUAACGUCAGCAAUAGAGGUAACGUCAGCAAUAGAGGUAACGUCAGCAAUAGAGGUAACGUCAGCAAUAGAGGUAACGUCAGCAAUAGAGGUAACGUCAGCAAUAGAGGUAACGUCAGCAAUAGAGUUAACGUCUCAGAUAUGGACCAGAUUAUGGAGCCAUUGACCUCCGUGGACGGCGUCAAUGAUACUACCAGCGAGAUGACUAGCGCCAGUAGAAGCAGCCAAGGAAGAAGCGGUCGGAGUAGGAGCCUCAGGGGAACCAGCGCUGGCAGUAGCGGUAGUUUUCGGCUGAUAAGCAUAGGACUCGGAGGUUCGUCAGGGGAUUUGACGUCACCGCCGGGGAAUGAAGCAAGAGGCUCGGUACCUCGAACGGGAGGCUCGGUCGCGUUAGGAGCGGCGAGGCUGAUUCGCCAGGCGAGCAGUCAGCGGUUGAUGCGGCAGCAGUCCAUUCGGGUUCGCGAUGCAGCGUCGGAGGAGCUGGAGGAGCGGCAGAGCAACUGGGCCUAUUCCCGUCCCAUCGUGCUCCUAGACACGCUCUGGAAUCUCAUCUUCGUGCUCGUCGCCAUAGCUACACUCGCUAUAAGCCGGACCCACAACGAGGAGCCGUCUGCUCCGCUAGGAGUCUGGCUCAUGGGCUACGCGGCCCAGUGUAUCAUACAUAUAAUCUGCGUGCUGGUCGAGUUCGACCGGCGGCAACGAGGCGAAGCGGUGGAACGGAGUCGGUCUAGAAGGAGCGGUGGGGAGAGCAGGAGCAGACGGGGGUCACGGGGUGUGGGUGGUGGGAGAGGAGGACGAGGAGGACGAGGGGGAGGAGGAAGGGGAGGGAGCGAGAAUUCUGGGGAUAUUCGAGAGGGUUUGUUGCAGAGAGGGAGCGACGAGGAGGAGGGAGAGGAGGAGGGUGCGGGAGAGCAGCGGAUGGAGGAUGACCGGAUUGACAGCAUCGCGAAGCAGAUCGAGUCCGCCAACACCGUCUUCUCUUUCCUCUGGUGGUCCGUCGGCUUCGCGUGGAUCAUCUCCACGUUCGACGACACCUUCGAAGACGCUCCCAUUCUCUCGUGGGUGUGCAUGUCGUUUCUGGCGUUCGACGUGUUCUUCGUCAUCUUCUGCAUCGCCCUCGCCUGUCUGGUGGGCAUCGCCGUGUGCUGCUGCCUGCCCUGCAUUAUCGCCAUCCUCUACGCCAUGGGCGAACAGGAAGGUGCCACUAACGAGCAGAUCCAGUCCCUCCCGCAAUUCAAGUUCCGCCGGCGAGGCGCCUCCCCCGCCAGCAGCAGGCCCGCGCUCACUGCUUCCGCCGCCCUCUCCGCCAUCACAGAGGCGCUGGGCGUCGGAACCAGCAGCAGUAGCGGCAGCGCCCUUACCAACAGCUUUAGCAACAGUAGCAAGGGCCACAAUAACGGGUCGGGCGCAGGUGUGAAUGGUUCGGAUAAAAGUGCUAGCAGCGGGGGUAGUAACAGCCCUGGCGGUAGCAGCGUUGAGCCGAGCACCAGCAGGAGCAGUGGUAGUGAGGAGGUUCGGGUGACGAUAGAUGAGCCGGCAGGGGGCGUCAUGACUCAAGUGGGCGGGUCGAGUCAGCCGCCGCGGGAGAGAGAACUGGCAGAUGAUGACGCGGAGUGCUGCAUAUGCCUGGGAGCGUACGAGGAUGGAGUGAUGCUACGAGAGCUGCCCUGUGCGCACCACUUCCACGCCGCCUGUGUCGACAAGUGGCUGCGCACUCGCCCCACCUGCCCUCUCUGCAAAUACGACAUCACUGCCCCGGCAGGCUCUGGACAUAGCAGUGGAAAUAACAGCAGCACUGCCAAUAGCGGCAGCAGCAGCAGCAAUGCCGUAACAGCUCCCUCGUCUAGCAGUGCCUCGUCUACAUCAGCCGCGGCAGCCGCAGCAGCUGCAGCAGCUGCACUCUCCAACAGCCCAUCCGCUUCCCCUACAACAGCCAACCUCUCGUCUUCCUCAUCCUCCAUCCCGCCAUCCUCCCUCGUCCCUGCACCCUCGUCCUGAUCUUGCUUCAUAUCAUCAAUACCUUACCUCUUUCCUGUUUCCCAGCAGCGUCUGAACGGUGUCACCUAGUGCGUCCACCUUAGUGCUUCGGUGUUGGCGCCUCCACAUUAGUGCUUCCACCUCAGCGCCUCCACCUUGGCGCAUCCGCCUUAGCGCCUCCAUGCAACACUUUCUCCUGAACCGACUCACAACAUCCCUCCUGUCCUGUAGCAGCGUUGUGCAGCAAUGCUAAGCCGAGGAAGCUGCUUUCAGGUGUACAGAGCAAUGCGUAGGGUUCCCGCAUCUUUCUAAAUCAAGCCAGCUAGUGCAGUCAGUGGUUUGCUGACUCGGGGAAUUGCAGUGCCGAUGGUUUGGUUUGGAUCCUCAGAAGCUAAUACUGGUACCUAGCUGGCGACAUUGUUUUGUGCCUUUGUAUACUUCCUGAUACCCUCCUGCUGUGGUUGUGAGUGAGGCUCCAUGUGCAGCAAACUGCUGCUAACUAUGUGAUGGAUAACUGGAGUAUCCUACGUUUGUAAAACUAGCAAUAAUGCACUUAUUUUACA